GAAAUGGAUUCCCUUGAAUUGAAUUUACCAGGAUACAUGGUAUAUUGUGUCAUUAUAUCUUGUCUUGGUUCAUUUAGUAAUGGUUGGGUGAUUGGAUCUGCUAACGUUCCCGGUGAAAUCACACAUGCCUGUAAAAACGGCCUUAGUUAUGUUGCUAGCAAAUCCUUUCCGGAUUGUUUACCAAUGAGUAAUGCCCUUUGGGGUUUUGCAGUAUCUUCAUUUUGUGUCGGCGGUUUGAUAGGUGGUCUAUUUGGUGGUUUUAUUCAAACGAAAUUCGGUCGUAAAAAAACCAUCAUUUUUAACAACAUUGGUUGGAUUAUAGGUGCUCUCCUAAUCGGUUGCUCUGUCACACCUGCCAUGUUUAUUGUGGGUCGAAUCUCCUGUGGUCUUUCAUGCGGUCUUGGAUCUCUGGUGACUCCUACUUAUGUCGGCGAGAUCUCUACAAUUAAAGCCCGUGGUACUAUGGGCACUAUAAACCAAUUUGCUAUUGUGAUUGGUAUUUUAUUGGCUUCCGUAGUCGGUCUCCCGCUUGCUGUAGUUCCCCUUUGGAGAAUUAAUUACGCUAUUGUUGCUAUUCCUGCUGUUGCUCAAUUCUUCCUGAUGGCUGGUUGUGUUGAAUCGCCUCGCUACCUUAUAUCUGUCAAUCGUAUUGAUGAAGCGAAACUAGCACUCCAAAGUCUCCGGCCUAAUGCUGAUAUUGACAGAGAGUUCUUUGACAUGGUUCAAGGUCAAUUAGGCACAGUUGCUGCUACGACUAUCACUGGAAAAGAUGGACAACCAUUAUCUAAAGGAAAACCUACGGAAGAAAAAGCUGAAAAUGACAGUUUUACAAAUUCAUUAUUCGAAGAUGGUGUUGCUCCUGAAGAAGAUGGUGUGAGCGAGCCAAUGAACAUGAUACAGAUAUUCAAAGAUCCUCUUAUUCGUCGUAUUGCCGGCACUGUACUUACUCUGCAUAUCACCCAACAGCUAAUUGGUAUGAAUGCCGUCAUGUACUACUCCACAACUAUCUUCAAAAUGUCGUUUUCCGCAGAAAUGUCAAAGUACAUGGCCAUUGUAACCACUGUUGUUAACUUUGUAUCCACUAUUGUCUCACUGGUCUUAAUUGAUCGUAUGGGCCGUCGUCCUCUUCUGCUUAUCGCUGAAGGGGGAGCCUGUAUUUUCUCAAUUUUAUUAAUUCUAGGUUAUGUCUAUAAUAUUGGCUCUCUUUUGGUUUUCUCCGUCUUUGGGUAUGUCUUAUCCUUUGCUAUUGGUAUUGGGCCUAUUCCCUGGAUGAUGACGUCCGAGUUAACACCUGUGUAUGCUUCCUCGGCAGUGGGAUCGAUUGCAACGGCAAUGAAUUGGGCUACCAAUUUUUUGAUCGGUCAAUGCUUUCCUAUCAUUUUUGAUAAUAUCAAGGGCUACUCUUUUGCUAUUUUUGCUGGCGUUGCCGCUCUUGCUUUAGUGUUUACUUAUUUUAAGGUACCAGAGACAAAAGGCCGAUCACUUGAAGACAUUGUUAAAAGUUUUGAGAGAUAA